GCAUCCGCACUCUCUCUUUCAUCUUCUCUUGGAUUGUAGCCGGACGGACAGAAGAAAGGAAUGGGAAACUUGAAAUCCUUUUCUUCCUCUUUUCCUUCGCUAUCAACUUGUUCACUUCCAUUUUUGUUAUAUUCAAUCUAUCUAUUUUCAAAUCUAUCAUUUGUUGACUGUUUUGGUUCCCGAUCUCUGAUUCCACAGUUCAGAAACCGACUCAGAGGUAAGGUUGUGUUUCACGUCGGCGAUUAUGGCGCAAAAGGAGAUGGAUUCCAUGAUGAUACUAAGGCUAUUAGAGAUGUUUGGGAGAAGGCUUGUUCAUUCCCAACAACAUUAAAAGUUGUAAUCAAUUUCCCAGCUGAAAGAACAUUUCUUAUACAACCUACAGAUUUCUCUGGUCCAUGUAUAGGGAAGGUGACCUUGAAGAUCAAAGGUUCUAUCAUUGCUCCUAUAGAUCCCGAGGCUUGGGAAGGAGUCAAUCCACGAAAAUGGCUCUAUUUCCAUGGGAUAGACCGCCUUUCUAUUGAAGGAGGAGGUGCAAUAGAUGGUAGAGGACAUAAAUGGUGGGCUAGAUCUUGCAAGAUGAACAAUACAAUGCCAUGUGAACAUGCUCCAUCGGCAUUGACUUUUUAUGGAUGCAACAACUUGAAGAUUACAGAUUUGGUGAUGAUAAACAGCCAACAGAUGCACUUGGUAUUUACUAACUGUAUGCAUGUUACAGCAUCACAGUUAAAGGUUAUAGCACCAGCUUCUAGUCCCAAUACAGAUGGGAUUCACAUUAGUUCGUCUAUACAUGUUCAGAUCACGAGUGCUGUCAUUGAAACAGGGGACGACUGCAUCUCUAUAGUCGGUAACUCUACAAGAAUAGGGAUCCGAAACAUAGUAUGCGGCCCAGGUCAUGGAAUUAGCAUUGGAAGCUUGGGAAAAAAUGAAUCGCUUGUAGAAGUGCGUGAUGUUAUGGUUGACGGGGUUUUCCUUUCUCAUACAAAAAAUGGGCUGAGGAUCAAAACAUGGCAGGGUGGUUCUGGUUCUGCAAGCAAUAUAACUUUCCAGAACAUCUAUAUGGAAAACGUGUCUAAUCCAAUAAUCAUAGACCAAUAUUACUGCGAUUCACUCAGUCCAUGUUCGAACGAGACCUUUGCUGUUAAAGUUGAAGAUGUAUCAUUUAUGACCAUAAGAGGAACCUCGGCUACAGAGGCAGGGAUAAGUUUCGCUUGCAGCGAUAUCUUUCCAUGUAAAAACCUCUAUCUCGAAGAUAUCCAACUAGUUCGAUAUCAAGGAGGGUUAAUAUCGUCUUUUUGUUGGCAAGCGGAGGGAUUAAGUUCGAGUCUCGUUUAUCCACCUCCUUGCUUCCCGUCAGUAGAAACCUUAGGUUCGCUUAAACUUCCUACAACCAUUACUAGUAACAACCCACUUCAAUCAAUAUAGAUUUGUAAGUUGUAAUAUCCUCUCUUUUUUUCAAUAGAAUGAAAUCAUUAUCUCA